CACUGCCCCUCGCUUCCUCUUGUCUACACCUCCUCUCGUUCUCUCGGGAGCGCCAGCGAAGUGAACAACAGCGGGGGGUCGUGGAUUUAAGCCGAUCUCGCACUUUUUCCCCUCUUUUUUUCCUCUCCUUUUUGUUUUGUUUCGUACCCUUCCGUGAUUUUAUUCCCAGGCAACCAUGACAAAGACGAGACGGUCGGCUAAUGCCCGAGGUUGAUUCCAUUUAUAUUUAUUUUUAUGUAUCUUUUAUUCUCCCUCGCCAGCGAGCAUGAAAACGUGCACAUGGAAGUGCGUUUUUCUUCUGGGGAUUGUAUUUUUCACCAUAACUGCUUUUAUCUACGGACACUAUGACUUGGAUUUCAUACACAGUGGCGGGCGCGUCAUCCUGGGAAGACCACUGAAAGCAACGGAAAGCAGCCUCCCUGUUUUAAAAGAUGACGUGGAGAUGACCACAGCGCCCCCAGUGGAUGAGUCGUUGAGGCCGUGCUCCCUCAGAAACACAGCCCAGCAGGACCCGGUUCUACGUGAGGUCUUCAACUUCUCCGUGCCGGUGCUGCAGUGGGCGGGGAACGUUAGCCCCCAGGAGUGGCAGCGUCUGCGGCUGAAUCAGGCCCCUUAUGGCUGGAAGGGUGUGCCCCUAGACGUGGUGAACUCGACUCUGGCCCUCCUCAGUGACCCGCGGCACGGGCGUCUGUUCGAGCGCGGCGGGCGACCGGGGUGCGUCCGCUGCGCGGUCGUGGGCAACGGCGGGAUCCUGAGGGGCUCGCGGCAGGGCCCGGACAUCGACGCCCACCGGUUCGUCUUCAGGGUUAACGGCGCCGUGACCAAGGGCUACGAGGAGGACGUGGGGACCAGGACCUCCUUCUACGGCUUCACCGCCAACACCCUGAAGAACUCGCUGGCCGCCUACCGGGGCGCAGGGUUCACCAGGGUCCCCCAGGGACAGGGUGUGCACUACGUCUUCAUCCCGGCAAACGCCCGCGACUAUCUCCUGAUGUCCGCCGCCAUCCGAGGUGUUCCCGUCUCCUCGGACCACGACAAGGGUGACCUGCCGUCCAAGUAUUUUGGUCAGAAGUCCUCUGUUGAUGACUUUAAGAUGCUUCACCCAGACUUCAUCACCUACAUCAAAGAAAGGUUCCUGAAAUCUGAACUCUUGGGGAAGAAGUACGCUCACCUGUACAUGCCUAGCACAGGUGCCCUGAUGCUCUUCACCGCCCUGCACACCUGUGACCAGGUUUCAGCGUACGGCUUCAUCACGGAAAACUACAAGGCCUUCUCGGAUCACUACUUCGACAAGGUGAAGAAGCCCCUCAUCUUCUACGUCAACCACGACAUGCAGAUGGAGGGGCGGGUGUGGGCGCAGCUGCACGAGCAGGAAGUCAUGUGGCUGUACAAGAGGCCGUUGUGAGAGCGAGGCAUGCUGGGAUUGCGGAGGA